AUGCAGGCAGCCUGGCUCCUCGGGGCUCUGGUGGUACCCCAGCUCCUGGGCUUCAGUCAUGGAGUUUGGGGAGCCCAGCGGGAGUGGGAGGGGGGGUGCGCUGGCCCCCAGGAGGAGGAGCGGGAGAGGGAGGCCCUGAUGCUGAAGCAUUUACAGGGAGCCCUGGGACUGCCUGCUAGGAGGGGGGAUGAAAAUCCUGAGGGAAACCCUGAAGGCAAAGGGGCCUGGGCGACUGAGAAGGACGGUCAGGGGGAGGAAGGCGAGGAGGAACCAACCACAACUCCCUACUUUAGCCCCAGCCCCUCUCCCACCUCUGAAGACACCUUCACUUAUAUCCUGGGUCGCCUGGCCGGCCUGGACGCAGGCCUGCACCAGGUGCACGUCCGUCUGCACGCGUUGGACACCCGCGUGGCCGAGUUGAGCCGGGGGCUGCGGCAGCUGCGGGAGGUGGCGGGUGACACCCGCGACGCCUUGCAAGCCCUGAAGGAGGCGCAGAGCCGCUCCGAACGCGAGCAUGGCCGCUUAGAGGGCUGCCUGAAGGGGGUGCGCCUUGGCCACAAGUGCUUCCUGCUCUCGCGCGACUUCGAGGCUCAGGCAGCGGCGCAGGCGCGGUGCGUGGCGCGGGGCGGAAGCCUGGCGCAGCCGGCGGAUCGUCAGCAGAUGGAAGUGCUUACUCGCUAUCUGCGCUCGGCGCUUGCCCCCUACAACUGGCCCGUGUGGCUGGGUGUGCACGACCGGCGCGCCGAGGGCCUCUACCUCUUCGAGAACGGCCAGCGCGUGUCCUUCUUCGCCUGGCACCGCGCCCCAAGCCCCGAGCCCGGCGCCCGGCCCAGCGCCGCGCCGCACCCGCUCAGCCCCAACCAGCCUAACGGCGGCGCGCUCGAGAACUGCGUGGCGCAGGCCUCGGACUACGGCUCCUGGUGGGACCACGACUGCGAGCGGCGCCUCUACUAUGUUUGCGAGUUCCCCUUUUAA